CGAGUCGCCCACGUUCCCUACCGAACCCUGUUGCAGUCUCAGUCAGAGUCUGCUGCUGCUGAGUCCAAGAGUGUGAGAGCUGUGUGUGACGAAUCUCACUCUCUGCCUUGUGCUACCUCAGCCACGCGCCGCCUGUUACCAUUGGUGCGAGAGCCUGCACGCCCAAGGUUUCAUACCGCAGCACCCGGCCAGCCAACUGCCGCAUCAGUACAAUAAUAACCAUCAGCUGCCCGAAUCUGCCUGAGAUUCUCCAGACUUUUUGCUUCUCCACCAGAAAUCAUGGCCAAUGCUAUUGUGUCGACGCAGCUACCCCAGUGGAACUACGAGAAGCCCACCAUUACGACACGAACUGAGCGUUCUGGAUCUGACAGUUCGGCUUCAAGCCCUAACCUGUGCAACGACGACCACGAGACACUGCGGCUAGACACCGCUGCCACGCAGCCCAUCAAAAAGGGAAGCAUUUCCCUCCAAGACCGAUACAUGUCGAGCGAAGAGGAUCUGUCACCCGCCUGCGAGGACUCCGGCUCCGAGUCCGAGUACGACUGUGACGAUGUUGUUAUCGAGGACUUGACCAAGCAAUGCCACUCAGUCAAGAGGAUGUCCAUGUCACGAUGGAACCAGGGCAAGAGCUGCGACACUGCUAUCAAGGUGUCGUAUGCCUUCGUUGGCCGCCCUAAGGUUGUCGAGCUCAAUCUUAGUUCACCAGUACUAGAGCGCCCAAUGUUGACACAACGGUCCGCCUCCCUAGCCAACCUCCCGACAACUGCUCUGGGCAAGCUGCAGAAGGUCGACCAGGUUCAGCGUCACUCGCUGAACGUUGUACCUGUCUCGAAGCACCCUAUCUCCCCACUCACACGCCCAAUCUCUCCUCUCGCCAUCAUCGAGCCUCGACGUCCUUCUACAAGCUACAGCCCAUCGAGCAAGACGAGCACACUGAACCUCGGCGACCUCACCUCCGCAGCCUCCUCGGUCGUUACUGCACCUUCGAGUCGCAGCGCAUCGCCCGCAGUCGCCGCUCCCGUUCGUCCUGCAAGCGCAACACCAGAGGAUGCCUCUUCGAGGCGCUCGUCAGUCUACAUCCCCACAGGAGCUCGCCCAGAGUUGCAGCGAAUCCAAACAACACAGACUCAAUUCCGUCACUCUCACCAGAUGGCACCACCGACACCCAUGUCUCCAGCAACACACGCCUUCCUCAACACCGAUCCCUUUGCGAAGCCUGCCCCCAACACUACAAUCCCUGCGAACAAGCCUUCCACACACAAGCGCCUGCGGUCAAUCUCAAUGAAGCUAUCCCUUGCAAGAAUCGCCAUCACCCCAUCUUCGUCAAAGAAGAACAUCCACAACACCCCUGCUUCGCCGUACACACCCCUUACACCCCAGACUGCGCCCAUCGAAGCCACAUCCGGAUUCCAGAGCCCAAUACCCAACAAGCUGCGCCGGGCCUCCACCAUUCUGCGACCGAAGUCUCGUGGAGGAGAGAUCUCAAGGGGUCCUUCGCCGGAAAUAGCACAUCCUCCAGUCCCAGUCUUGAAUCGAGCAAGCACCAUGGGCCUUCCUCAGCGCCAAUCGAAGAUGGUCGCAAGAGGAGCCAAUGAGCGCGAGCCUACCCUCGUCCUCCCUCCUUUCACAGACAUGGACAUCAACCCCAUGGCGAGCGUCAAGAGCGGAAAACUGCGAAAGCGCAAGUCCCUGAUGGAUCUGCUCUAGAAUAUUUCGACCCCGCGGCUCGCUUAAUUGUUUCGUUUCGAACCUGCAUUACACGCAUAAAGGCAUACACGACCUUUAUGCGCUACCCUGUCAACCUCACGUCACCGCCUCACGUCACCUCCGCACUUGUACAUGUCAACCUUCUUCAUCUCUCUGAUACACUACGACAGCGCUUCAGCAUACUGGACCUGCAUAAUACCUGGCGUUAUAUUGGGCGUUUAUACUACCACUUCGAGGUUACGAUACCCUCUUGGGCACGUUUUGUUUGUUAUUACAUCUUGGCUCGCGAAGUGCUCGCAGCCCACAGCCUGUCGCUAUCGCAUCUAGUAUGCAUUUCGUUGAUCUUUGAUCCGAAAAUUUCUUUAGUUACCACAAAUGGUUGGCUGUCUUAACGAAGAUUCUCAUGAUAUCCUAUAGUAUUGGUAUUACUUAGUCUCCAGCGCUGCUCAACAUAGACGCGGAAUUGCAAUCUACUAUCUCAC